AAAAGUAAAAAAAAGUAAGAAAUAAGAUAAGUGUGUCGACUGUCUGUAUGUCUGAAUGGCUGACUAGCUUGGUGGCUGAGUGGUCGAGGCCUAGCACAAUCUAGUCUAGCCUGGCCUGGUCUGCUCUGGCCCGGCACUCUCCAUCGCGGCAAUACACUCCGGCGCGGGUAUUAGCGUGGGCAUUAUUCAUUCGCUAAUCUGGCUGUCUAAAACGUUCGCAGGGGAAGUUUUCAAGCCAAUGCGGGGCUGCGGCGAGGUGGGGCCAGCACGCAGGCGCCGAUAGAGCCUCCCGGUAGCCGCCCCCACUGCCUCCCCUCCGCCAGUCUCCGGAUCAUUCGUGCUCGGGGCUGCCGGGCGGUGGAAGCUCCCAGGAACACGCUACGCUGCCGCCCUGCCACUCCCGCUGCAGGUGACGCGUGAUACUGACGAAGGGAGUUAGUGGGUGGUGUGUCCUAACCUUUCCCUGACCCUUCCCUCACCCCUCGCUGACCCUUCCCUUCCAAUCCCCAAGGACGUGAAAGGUUAACAGAAAGGAAAAUAUAGGAAGUUUUACAUUGAAUUUCUAACAUUUAAUUUGGCACAACCACCACCGCAAUGCCUCCGUCUGCGCCUUCUGCAGUGCAUGUCACGUGAACUUAGCGCAGGGGCGGACUUGUGAGGCAAGGUUGGUGGUGGGUGAGAAGGCGCUGUGCAGUGAGUGAGUGAGUGAGGCAGGGGAAGAGAGGCUGUGUUACUCUUGCUUCUGCUGAUACCGGUAUGACACUCUGCGCCCUCCCCCCGGCCUCAUGGCGCCCUCCCCUGCUGCUGCUGUUCCUCCUGCAGCUGCUUCUACUCCUACUGGGUCCUGUUCGCCCCGUCACAGGAGGCUUGGAGGCGGCGCGAGGGGUGGUGCAGGGUGCGGCUGGAGACAUGCUGAGGGAGGAGGAGGAGCCGAGAAUCACGUGGGGACACCCGAACACCAACACAGCUUACUUCAGAGAGGACAGCGCCUCCAACAUCACAGCCAUCGUGGGCCACAAGGCUUCCCUCCCCUGCCACGUGGUGAACCUCGGCAAGAAGGAGGUGUCGUGGAUCAGACAGCGGGACCUUCACAUCCUAACGGUGGGAAUCUACACCUACACUAGUGACGAUAGAUUCAAGGUGUACCAUCCGGAGAAGAGCGACAAAUGGUACCUGGAGAUCGCCUCGGUCACCUUCAGAGACGCGGGUGUGUACGAGUGUCAGGUGUCAGCCAGCCCUAAGAUAUCCCUGCCCAUCCUGCUCUCCGUGGAAGUGCAGCAGGCGCGCAUCGAGGGCCCCGCAGAGGUGUUCAUCCAAAAGGGCUCCACCAUCCGCCUCACCUGCCGCGUCAACACUCACUCAGAGAACGUAGGGACGGUCACCUGGUUCCGCGACACCCACCCGCUGGAUUACGACUCGCCCAGGGGCGGCGUGAGCGUGGAGAUCGAGAAGACCCCCACCAGGACCACCUCCAAGCUCUUCAUCACGCGGGCCAUGCGAACUGACGUGGGGAACUACACGUGUGUCCCGCAGUUCGCUGAUGCCGCCUCUGUUUUGGUGCACGUGGUGAAUGUCUGAUUUUGUCUCAUCUCCUUCUUUCCUUCCUUCCUUCAUUCUUUUCUCCUCAGCCUAUGAUUUUCCUUCUUUUCUUACAUCUUCCUUGUUUCUCCUUACUUUCCUAAUCUCUCUUUCCCUCUUUCUUUACUUUCAAUUUCCAUCACCUUCCUUACUUUCCCAAUUUUUCCUCUACGUUGUCCUUUCUUUUCGUUCAGUUUCCAACACAUAUAUUUUCCUCAGUAACUUUCUCUGUUUUGUCUCUUAUAUCUUUUCCCUCUCUUCACAAUACACUCUGCUUCUCUUUGUCUUCCCUCAAUUUUAUUUCUUUCCUUCUCAUAAUUUUCAACCCACUGCUUACUUUUCCAUUUUUCCCUUUCCUUUAUUGUCAGUUCCCGUCAACAAUACUUAUUUUUCCUCAUUCAAUCCCUCCUCCCUUUUUCUUCACUCUUUUCACCAGCAAUUUCCAAUAACCCUUACUUUUCCCAGUCAUUUUCUUUUCCCUCACUUUUACCUUUCCUUUCUUUCCAUUCUUACUUUCCUAAUCUAUCUAUUCCGCCAUUUUUUUUCCUUUGUAUUCCCUCAAUUUCCAGUAUAAUCCUUCCUUUUUUUUAUCAAUAUCUCUCUGUCUUCUUUUAACCUCUAUCUUUUCCCUUUUUCCAAUAAACUUAUUUCCCCAACCCAUCCCUAAUUUACUCCAUUCUUUUUUCCUCAUUUCCAAAACAACCCUUGCAUUUUACUUUAAGCUCUAUCUUUUUUUCCCUUUCCAAUGAACUUCUUACUCUUUUUAAUUUAUCCCUAAUUUACUCCCCUUUCUGUUCCCUUCAAUCUCCAUUACGUUUCCUCAAUAAAUGCUAGCUUUUCCUCAAUAAAACCAUUAAUUUCCCCCUUCCCUUCGUUCCCUAUCACUUCUCCGCUCCUAAGUACAUUCCUGUCCCUCUAACUCUCAUCUACCUCGC